AAAAUUAACAAAAAUCAUAUAAAAAUAAUCCAGUUACAUUUAUUACCACAUUAUGUUAUUAACGAGUAUUAUAACCGUAUUUAUGGCGUUCAUAGGGCGAGGGUAUGGCGAGUGGGCGCUCGUAUGGGAAGACAACUUUGAUGGCCAAUCACUUGAUAAGACCAAAUGGACGUAUGAAACGGGAGCCGAACCAAAGUGGGGCAAUCAUCAGCUCCAGUACUAUACGGAGGACAGGCGUGAAAACGUGAGGGUAGAAAAUGGCCAUUUGGUAAUCGAGGCCCGGCCGGAGCCGAUGGACAAAAGCCAGUUUACUUCGGGCCGAUUGCACACAAACAACGGCUGGACUCGGGGCCGGUUUGUGGUGAGCGCUCGGCUGCCCAAAGGCAAACACUUGUGGCCAGCGGUUUGGAUAAUGCCUACACAAAACACAUAUGGAAACUGGCCGGCCAGCGGUGAUAUUGACAUAUUCCAGUUCAGGGGCCAGAAGUCGGACACAGUUGAGGCCAAAGCCCAGUACGGCGGGCCCUACCCUAAUCACACGGUCUCUGUGAGCCCUUUGACUAAGUUUACUGACUUGAGUGUCGGUUUUCAUACGUUUACAUUUGAAUGGGACGAGACUGAGAUGCGUUGGUUAGUCGAUGGCCAGCAAUACUUUAUGGUCGAUGUGCACCGGGAUCUCUGGUCACAUAAGGGCGUCGACCCCUACACACAAAUCGGACAGCCCUUUGAUAAACCCUUUUAUUUGAUAUUGAAUGUGGCGGUCGGCGGAGACUAUUUUCCCGUCGAUGUGUACGGACCACAAGUGACCCCCGAAGAGGCCAAACAGUGGCCUAAGCCCACGAUGGAAGUGGACUUUGUAAGAGUGUAUCAACAGAAAUAAGCGCCUCCAAUGGCCCCCACCCUUGACUUUCAACUUUAUCUAU